AUGUGCGCAAAUGCCACCAAUGGAGCGUCGUGUUCCUCUCGGGAUGUGGCGUGCCAGUGCCAGCUCUACAUGACAUACAGCGAUACGGGCGGCUUCCGAGGUGGCUUCCGAGGUGGCUUGGGCGGUCUCAGCGUGGGACGUACACUCGUCAUCAAGGGACAAUCCACUCCCCAAGCAACCAGAUUGGUGAUCAACAUGGACGUGCGUGACAGCAGCGGCAAGGAGACGGGCAACAAUGCGCUGCACCUGAACAUCGACUUUGGCACCAAGAGCUUCACCAUGAACGACAAAGUCAGCGGCAAAUUGGGCGAGAAGCUGACCGGGAACCUUCCCCAACAAAACCCCUUUGGACCAGGACUCCGCUUCGAGAUUGUCAUCAAGUGUGGCAGUGACGCUUUCCAGCUGACUUUCAACGGCGGGCCCCAGCAGGACUUUGCUUAUCAAGUUCAGGAUCUGCAAGCCAUCAACUUGCUGUUGGUGUGGCAAGUGGAGCGGAUCCACGUCCAGCUGAAGUGACCACGCGGCCGUCCGAGCGCCGCUUCCUGUCUGGGCGUCGUCAGCCGACGGCAAUCAGCGUGUUUUUUUCCUUAUUGUUUCUUUAGCCGUCGCCAACUACUGUUGUUCACGUUAGACUAAGUGUGCAAGAUAAUGUCACGGUACGACAUUUUUGCAUAAUGUGGAAAAAUAUAGUCCGAAUAUAAACACACUUUAAUUGAAUACACAUGUUCUGAUGAAUUCUUUGACUAUAUUCAAGUGAUGAUUUUCUUUCAACUAUGUAAACGUGUUUGAUCCAGAAUAAAGUUAAACUUCGUGAGAAUCUCAUUGCUUUAGAUGCUGAAGAUUUAAAGCGGCCGGACACAUGAUGUUCCAGGAGCCAUUUUGCAGUCCACCGCUCAAUGUCGUCGGUGUGGAAUUCCAACUGCGUUUGGUACUGUCACGUCCGUACCAAAGCACGCUCGGCCGUCAAAUUCCCUCAGCCACAGGCCCUUUUGUCACCAAAAUGUCUUGUCACCUGCUUCCUC